AUGGCGUACUCCGUGGUAGAUGAAGAGAAUGCCGAGCGCAAAUGCGAGUGGCGAGUGACUGUGGACGGUGUCAUGUUGACGCAAAAUUUCUUUGGCGCAGCGGAAAAUGCCACUGGCGGUGCGCUCUGGGACUCGAGUCUCGUGCUGUGGGAGAGCGUGCAGUCGCGACCGUGGCAUGGCAAGCGUGUGCUGGAGCUAGGGUCCGGUGUGGGCUUUCUCGCAGUGAAGCUAGCCAUGAAAGGGGCUCAGAUUGUGGCUACCGACGGAGAUGCCGACGCUAUGUACUUACUCCGCGACAACUUGAAGCGGAAUCAAAUACACGAUCCUGCAGUGCGCACGGCGUUCCUUCCGUGGGGCAAUGAUGUCGCAUUGCUGGCGGCGUUUCCGACAAAGCUUGAGUUCGACGUUGUGAUUGGAGCCGACUUGAUCUACAAUGCCGACUUCCACGCGCCACUGUUGGAGACGUUGAAAGCCGUGUGUUCAGAGUCCACGGUGCUGCUGUUAAGCUACCGCCUUCGCCACGAUGAAAAAGAAGCCGAGUUUCUCGAGGGGUUGCAGAAACACUUUGACAUCAUUUUGUUGCGAGAGGUGGACGCCACAGCCAUCGUGUUGGUUGAACUCACGAGGAAACCACGCAGCAAGUCGAUGUAAUUUAUUCUCCCAACUUGGAACCAAAAAUCCCCUGGGUAUAAUUAUAGAAACUACCGGUUGGCAGUGCAAUUUAAAACACGCACAGUGUCACAGACAAGCAAGAUGCUAAAUUUUCAUCCG